CCUGGAGCCCGCGAGGAGCGGCGCAACGCCCGCUGGGAGUCUUUCGGCGCCGCCAAGAUGUCGCAGCCCAAGAAAAGAAAGCUUGAGUCGGGGGGCGGCGGCGAAGGAGGGGAGGGAGCUGAAGAGGAAGAUGGCGGAGAGCAGGCGGCGGCCCUGCCGCGACCCCGGAGGGCUAGGCGGGAGCGGGACCAGCUGUACUACGAGUGCUACUCGGACAUCUCGGUCCACGAGGAGAUGAUUGCGGACCGCGUCCGCACGGAUGCCUACCGCCUGGGCAUCCUGCGGAACUGGUCAGCACUGCGGGGCAAGACGGUGCUGGACGUGGGCGCGGGCACCGGCAUUCUCAGCAUCUUCUGUGUGCAGGCCGGGGCCCGGCGCGUGUACGCGGUGGAGGCCAGCGCCAUCUGGCAACAGGCCCGGGAGGUGGUGCGGCUCAACGGCCUGGAGGACCGGGUGCACGUCCUGCCGGGGCCAGUGGAGACGGUGGAGCUGCCGGAGCAGGUGGAUGCCAUCGUGAGCGAGUGGAUGGGCUACGGACUCCUGCACGAGUCCAUGCUGAGCUCGGUGCUCUACGCGCGGACCAAGUGGCUGAAGGAGGGCGGUCUCCUCCUGCCCGCUUCCGCCGAGCUCUUCGUGGCGCCCAUCAGCGACCAGAUGCUGGAGUUGCGCCUCGGCUUCUGGAGCCAGGUGAAGCAGCUCUAUGGUGUGGACAUGAGCUGCCUGGAGAGCUUCGCCACGCGCUGCCUUAUGGGCCACUCGGAGAUCGUGGUGCAGGGCUUGUCCGGGGAGGACGUCCUGGCCCGGCCGCAGCGCUUUGCUCAGCUGGAGCUGGCCCGCGCCGGCCUGGAGCAGGAGCUGGAGGCGGGGGUGGGCGGGCGCUUCCGCUUCAGUUGCUACGGCUCGGCGCCCAUGCACGGCUUUGCCAUCUGGUUCCAGGUGACCUUCCCCGGAGGGGACUCGGAGAAACCGCUGGUGCUGUCCACUUCGCCUUUUCACCCGGUCACGCACUGGAAGCAGGCGCUCCUCUACCUGAACGAGCCUGUGCAAGUGGAACAAGACACGGACGUUUCCGGCGAGAUCACGCUGCUGCCCUCCCGGGAUAACCACCGUCUCCUGCGCGUGCUGCUGCGCUACAAAGUGGGCGACCAGGAGGAGAAGACCAAAGACUUUGCCAUGGAGGACUGAUCGUUGCCUUUUCUCGCAGCUACCUCCCGAGUCGGCCGGACCUGCGUGGGAGAGGCGGAGGGGGUUUCGAAGGAGAAAGGGAGAUGCCACGUGCAAGUAUUUGGCAGUAUCAGCAUGGCUGUGUAUGACGAGCGAUGUAUGUCUGGACACCAGAUGAUCCAAAGGAAACCCAAGCCCUUUGGAGUUACAACAUUUCCAGAAGGAUGAGAGUGUGACAUGCUCCAAUAUCCAGGCACUGUCCAGUCUUUGUGUGAACUGGGGCUGAUUGCCCAGGGUAAUUUGGGCCACAGGAAGAACUGUCAGCCCUAAGGAGAGAAGGAAAUGGUGACAUUCUACCUGCUUUUUUCAGACAGCUUACACUUAUUUAGCACUGUGAAACUUUCCAGGUACUUACAUUAACUCACUGGACCAAUGGACAUUUUAUUGAAAAUACCAGGUAAUAGUCAUUGUGAGAAGCGCUUAGGAUACAAACCAAUAAAACAUAGCCUUUCCUUCCAAAUAGAUGUGUUCAUAAGAUAAACCAGAAAGAAAAAUAGAUAAACGAUAUUGGGAUGGUGUGUUAGGAAAGGCAGGUAAUUACCUUCACUUUACAUAGAAAAAAGACUUAAGAUACUAAAGGAUGCCUAUGGUUACACAGCUAAUUCUUGACAGUUGAACACAAGUAUUUCAGUUCCUACCUCCAAACAACCUCUUAAUUUAAGAAAGUUCCAUUGGGGACAUACCUCAGAGGCCUCAAAGAGCCACCAUAGGAUCUCAAGGUUGACAAUUACUAAUUACUGGGCACUCACAAAACAUACCCUGUACCCAUUUCCCUAACAGGGCUAAUCAAGUGUGGCCUCCUUUCUGAGACCUCCAGGAGAAAAUCCUAAAUGCAGUGGCAAAGAAGAGUAGAUACAUUCUGCCAUUGUGGUUAUAGGUACUUUGUGCUUGAGAUCAGAGAGGUAUCCAAUGAAUUGUUCACUAAUUGAAUGAUUUCAUAAACACCAACUAUCUAACAAGUUCUAUGAUAAAUAAGCAAAUGGUAACCUCGACUGGGAUACGAUAGGGGAAUAAAAUUACCUAGACCAGUAAUUUGCAUACCUUCUUUAGCCUGGAAAGAUUCAAUCCAACUAAAUCUUAACCUCUGCUGCAGCAAGGAUGAGAAGCCAUCCUCUUUGUCAGUUGUAACCUUAGAAUUCCUCUCUAUGUUACUUAUUACAUAGAUUAUGAGAACCUCAGAGAAAUUUGUGAUAGCAAAGAGGAAGAUGAUCUAAUGAGACUGUUCCUCAAAACAUUAUAUGUGCUUUUAGGAUGAGACAUUGAAACAAAGAACCUGGACUUGCCUAAACACAGAAUUUUAAUAAACAGUAAGACAUGACCAGUAACAUUGGAAAUGUGCCCUUUCGGGAGCUUUGAUGAUUAAGUUCAUCAUUAUUUAUAAUAACUUGGAGUAAAGGCUGAUGAAUAUUUUAGUUGAUUGGGUAGCUUUUUAACUUACAACAAAUACAGAAAGCUGUAAAGAAGGGGAAAAAAAUCCUCCUUUGUUCAUGCUGCCCCCCUGCACAAAAAGGAAAGUGGGAUGGAAGUAAGUCUUCUCCACACUUUUUAAAGUGCUUUCCCAGUGUUCUUGCAAUCACAUGAUACAGGUAUUUGUGAAAACCUUCGCAAUCUGCAAUAUUGUGCACUAAAAAUAGAGAACUUUGGGGAAAACUAGUUUGGGUGGAUAAUUAAAACCUAUGUAACUUUGUAACCAAGAGUACUAAGAAUACCAAUAAAAAUAAGAGUUAAAAAAAGAUGCUAAUCCUAAUAAUACUGUAGUAAAUAAGAUCAUGUGAUGGAAGAACAAGAGGAAGAGUUACUGAGACAAAGCAAAAUGCACAAAAAUGGAGUGAAGGUUUAAUAAACAUUUCAAGACACAGCAUGUGGCCACACCGUGCCAAGGGGAAGAAUGUAGGGUGUGACAGGUUCUUGACUUGCAGCAACUGUGUCAGUGCACCUUACGUCAGGUGGUUGUUGCCUGGUGGGAGGAGUCAACUGACCCACCAAUGUCUGUCCACGUUACGUUCUGACAUUGUUCCUCUACUUACUGAUACCAUUUGACUAUAUUCAUUUAUAGAAACAUGCACGGCAGUAGAACAUUCUGCCCUUUGUUCAAUUUCCAGAAAUUAAAGGAAUUUGAAAUUCCA